AUGCUGGCUGUCCUAUUAAUAAAUCGUAUGAGUAUGCGGCGAAGGGCCACCCGUCGAUUGACGAAACCAAAAAUAUCGGAGAAAAAAGAACCUGAGAUUUCGAUAUGUAGGACCUGUUUGAGCACUGAAAACCUAGUUCCAAUUUUUGAAAGUGAGGAAAUGGAAGAAAAGAGAUCGGAGGAGUUCCGGCUGGUGACUGGCUUAGAGAUUAAGUUAAACGAUGGCUUGUCUCAGAAAAUCUGCAAUCACUGCAUUGAAUUUGUGCAAGCAGUGUUACAGUUUAGGAGGAAGAGUAGGAAGGCAGAAAAAGCCCUCCUUAACAUGACAUCGGGUGUGAAAGUGAAGAAGAAAUACUCCAAACGGAAACAUAAUCUAAGAAAGAGUCCAAGAAUUGAGAAAGGUAAAGCCGAAGUGCUGGUAGAAGACUGUUCUUAUGAUUUCUUUGAUGCUGAUUAUUCAAUGGACUAUGAUUGUUCUGCGGUUGAGGAUGAGAUUAAACCAAAAGUAAAAGAGCAUUCUGAUUUUCAGUCAAAAGCAGCGAUCACCAAAGUAAAGAAUGGCUCGGCGUCCAAUGUGUCCUCAUACCAGUGCGGGUUCUGCAGCAAGGAGUUCCGCAUGAAGGCGACGUACAAGGCCCAUAUGAGGUUCCACACCAACUACUGUGUGUGUGAGUCUUGCGGCAAGAGGUGCCGGAACAACAACCAGCUGCAGGAGCACAAACGCGCGAGACACGGCCUUGGACGUAUACACAAGUGUGCCUACUGCGACUACACCUCCGCCACCAAGGAGGCCCUCACGAUUCACGAGAGACGUCACACUGGUGAGAGGCCUUACGUGUGCGACCACUGUGGCGCCACCUUCCAUAGAAGGUCGAACCUAGUCCAGCACAUCGCUAUACACCUGCCCGAGAAGAAUUUCCAGUGCGACCUGUGCCCGAAGCGGCUCAAGUCUCGCAAGUUCCUGCAGAUCCACAAGCACAACGCACACACCGGGAAGCGAUACGGAUACCUGUGUCCCGUGUGCGAGCACCGCUUCGAGAAGCCUAACAAGUUUCUUGACAAAAAACAUGUUGCCGACACCGAAGAUUCUAUUGAAGAAAAUGAAACAAGAGAAGAUACACAACAAGAUUCAAAUUUAGAGUCUCCAAUCAAUCCACGUUCUACUGAAACAGUAUCCACCAAUCCAGAAACCCAACCACAGUGUUCCAGCCAAGUUAGACAAGAUUCUUCAAACACAACUAAACAAUCUAGCUCUACUCCUAACACAAACCCAUCAAGGAAGCGUAAAAACGCAAAAACUAAUGAAGACAGCUACUUCGAUAAAAACAUCUUGGAGUUUUUAACAAAAAACAGCGAAAUUAUUCAAAAUGACGAUAUGGCAUUUUUUUAUUCUCUUUUACCUUUAACACGGACAUUCGACAAUCGUCAAAAAGUUAUGUUCCGUACUGCAGUAAUGAAUAAAGCCCUGGAAAUUUGUAACUGCCCUUCGUCUAUCACUCCUCUUGCUUCACCAAUGUAUGCAUCUACCUCUCGCCCUGAAUCUUCUACUUCCAGCAUGAAUAUAGCAUCACCAGAAUCUCUACCAUCAGGAUCUCAAGACAUAGUUUUGUAUUCAGUUGAAGAACCUUCGUCUCAAAAUGUAGUGAGAACUAAUCCAAAUAUCGCACAUACAUCACAAAAUUCGGUAAUCACAUCUUUGUCUGCUUCCAGCUUCAAUAUACCAUCACCAGGAUCUCGAGACAUAGUUUUGUAUUCAGUUGAAGAACCUUCGUUUCAAAACGUAGUGACAACUAAUCGUAAUUUCGCUUAUACGAGCACAUCACAAAAUUUGUAA